CACUUUAGGGAAGUUCAAUAUAAUGGCAUUUGAUGCUCUAACUAGCCUAAUCAAAAUAGUAGAGCAAGACCUUGUGGAGCCCAAACUACUUUCGAUUUUUGAUGCCGGAGGAUUGAUGGUGGCGCUGCUUGAAACAAUCGAGUUGCUGUCUGCAAAGCUCUGCUUUAUGCAAGCCUUUUUGGAAGAACUUAAGACCAAAAUGAAUGACGGGUACUCUUGGGAUAAGACUUUUCUGCAUGAGCCAGUCCAAAGAUAUUACAAAAAUGAAAUAGAAUAUAAACUAAGAGGAGUAUAUUUGGCAGCAACCGGGAAAGGGUAUGUAUCUAAGGCUAACGAAAAACUUCACCAGACCUUGAAACAAGUGGUAAUAGAUAUUGAGCAUGUUGAAGAACGGAUCCUGGCGAACAAUAAAAGAACUGCUUUAGCGCCUGAGAAAGAGAACAUUACUGUUUGGGAUACCUACCAAAAUGCUUUAGUGCCUGAGAGUGAAGUAACUACGGGAUUCAACAGUGAUAUAGAGAAGAUAAUUAAUCGGCUCUGUUAUUCACACUUGAUGAGAUCAGUUUUCACCAUUUUGAGGAAUAGUAACAUUGAACAGUUCCGGAAAUAUGUUGAAAAUCCAGAGAUGAAACUACAAGUUAUCCCACUCGUGGGGGAAGGAGGCAUAGGAAAAACUACAUUAGCCAAAAGAGUCUAUGGACAUCCAAUUACUAUUGCUUGUUUUCGCAUUCGAGCAUGGGUAGUUGUGUCUCAAGUUCAUAACCUCAAAGAGAUGCUCAUUGGUCUAUUACGUUGUAUUUCACCACUAGGAAUUGUUGUGAUUGCUGGGCUUUUGGCUACAGUAAAAGAGUCUCUGAUCUAG